AGGAAGCUUCAAGAAAGAUUGGCAAAGCGACAGAAUGCUUGACCAUGGGGGAAGCACAGCAGCAGACAUCAUGUAAACGCAAACGAGCGGAGAUGGAUGACGAUCUUCCUUUGGCAUCGGUAAAUCGCAGGGAGGCCAAGUUGGACGCUGCGCAAGGGAAAGCGGUGUUAUUGGCUGUACGAAAGAUCCUCAGUCGUCCUAGAUUGCUUGAUGUGACAUUUGUCUGUGAGGAGGAUCAGGAGGUUCCUGCAAAUAGAACGCUGUUGGCGAGUAGGAGUAAGUACUUUGCCAAACUUCUUUACAGGGAUAUGAAGGAGAGCUCCAUGGAGAGAAUCCCUCUUCCAACUGUGAAGGCAGGCAGUCUGCAGGUUGUGAUCAGUUUCCUGCAUGGCUGUCCUUUCUGGUGGGAGCCUGACCGUUGCGCUGACGGCUUGGUCGACAUGUAUGUUUUGGCGAAGCAGUAUCAGGUGAAUAGCUUGUGCCGGAGGAUCUUACUCUCGGUGUCGACGCGUCGCUACCGUGAUGGAAGAGAAGUGGGAGAUCUACUGAAGGCAGCACUCUCGCGGCAAGCAGAUAAGAUAUCGAGCAAUGUAGUAAGGGUAAUCUAUGCAGAUAUGGUAUUUGAUUCAAAAUUUUUUCUCGGGUGGACGAAGGACGCCAUCACAAGCGUCCUGAGUUCAGCGUGGUUCCAGCCAUACGUGACGGAGGCACUGAUUGCAAAGGCCGUGCUCUUAGCGGCACCGGGUGUCCCUGCUAGGAUUACAGUUGACGCAGAGCAAGACACUGAGGUCUGCGCUCUGGGUCCAUCGCCAGCGACCUGCGAUUCUGGUGCCAAAAAGGCUGAGGAUCCCCCUACUAGCACCAAAUCAGCUAUGCCCCCUGGUUUGCGAGCCUCAGGGGUGAAAAUCUUUGAUGCGGAGCCGCUUUGUUCUUUAUCCUGGGAGGAUGUGAAGGAGAUCUUUGAACAGCACAUCGACCUUCCUUUUAUCGAGCCUUCAUUUGUGGUGACAUGGAUUGAGCCUCUACAAAUCUUACAGCCAAAGAUCCUCACAGCACUGUACAGUGCAGUCCAUCUGCUUUUCUCGUGGAAUGCCACUGGACGUAUUAUUCAGAAUGCCCUGGCGUACCAUAAUUCCCCAAACACCUAUUGCGCCUGGUGUGGAGCUGGGUAAAGGAGGUGAUCGUGUCUGUUCUACGUCUUCGAAGGUCUCGAUCCCAACGGUUUGUACCCCUGAAUCGGACUCGGAUUUCACCACGUC